AUGGCAAUGCAGUGGUUCAUUAGACAACCGCCUUUCUCAAUUGACAAUUUUACGGACUUGUCCACUAAGUUCUUAACUCAAUUCUCCGCCAACAAAACUACAAAAGCAACUAUGUUUGAUCUCAUCAGCAUACAUCAGCAGCCAGGAGAGAAGCUAAAGACCUACAUGACGUGCUUCAGCAAGAUGGUUGUUCAACUGGAGGAGGAUAACCUGGAUGUAUGUUUGGCGUCUUUCAAAAAUGGCCUUAAGGCGGGAGAUUUGAAUCGAGAUUUAACAAGACGACCAGCGCGUGACAUGAUGGAUCUUCGCGCUCGAGUUCAGGAAUUCAUCUUAAUUGAGCAAGACGAUCAGAAAAAGCAAGAAAGAGAGGAGGGAAGGAAAAACGUCCAGCCCGGCGUGGUUGCGCAGGACAAACCCAAGGCUGGAAAGGAUACAAGGCUAGCUCAAACUCCACGCACACCAAGGCCUGGCCCAUAUCAAAACUCCAAACCUGGAUUCCAGAAUACAUGGCAUAGAAAUCCUCAAGGCACCACCACAGCUCCGGCUAGUCAACAUGUUGCCUCGCCAAAUACGACAAAUGUUGUGCAAUAUCCGCCGCCACCUCGGCGACCACCAACUAAUGUGGACUUGCGGCGGGAGAUUGACCGGCUAAUUAAGGAUGGACAUUUAGCAAAUUUUGUUAAAGAUGCAACAAUGCCAGAGGCCGCCAAGGUAACUCAAGCGGACAAAGGAAAAGUAAAGGAGGUAGUAGAAGAAUUGGGCGACCCUGUAAGAGAAUGCUCAUCCAUUGCAUGA